CAUUUUUAUGGUGUAUACGUAUUUAAAUUCAGCUACGCUACUGGUAAAGUGGUUUGGUUUGUCUUCGGACAUGGGAUUUUUCACUUAUACAAGUGUAUAAAUAAGGAAGAGAAGUGGUCAAGUUGCUACUGUUUUUAUUCUGCGUUCUUGAAUCUCAGUUCAAAGCGAGACAAAUUCUAAAAUUAUAAGAUGAACGGUAACGGUGCAUCUUUAUUCUUUGUUGUAACACUUGCUUUGGCAGUCACUGCCCUUCCACCCAGACGAGUUCGUCGUCAAUUUGACUGGGGUCAAUUUGAAGGUCCCAGCGAUUGGGAUAACAACGCUAACACCAUCCGUAUUCCAAGACAAAGAGCUCCAGAAUCUUGGGGAAGUCGCACUCCUAAUAAUUGGAACCAGGCCAGUGGAAGACAAUUGCCCCAAAAUUUUGGUGGUAACACUGGUUUUGACAACACUGGUUUCGGCAACACUGGUUUGGACAACACUGGUUUGGUCAACACUGGUUUUGACAACACUGGCUUUGACCUCAAUGGCUUUGGUAACGGAGCUAAUAAUGGUGUUGGUAAUGGAGUAAGCACCACAACUGACCCAAGUUCAACCACUAGUGCUACGGCUACUUACAGGAAUUGCAUGAACAGGUGUCAGUUCACUAGAGAGUACAAUCCUGUUUGCGGAACGGACGCGAACACAUAUUCUAACGAACAAGAACUCAAUUGUGCCGCUAGGUGUGGAAGAGUUGUUCAGUUAUUCAGGGGCGGAACCUGUCAACCACUUUAAGGACCAGACUAAUCUCAUUUUUAGAAGAUACCUACUGAAGAAUUAUUUGACUGAUUUAAAUAUAUUUAUUUUAUUUAACGACAAAUAAUGUAUAUCUGCGUAGCAUGUUUUAAAUAAUUAAAAAUGUGUACUACUGCCAGUGAUAAUGUUGUAAGUUUAUUUUUAUAAACAUUCGUGUUAUAUGAUGAGUAAUUAAGUCAUAAAUAUAAGAAUUUUAUUCGAG